ACAGCAGAGGCUCCAUUUUGUUUGAAUUUUGCGGUCACCGUCGACAGCCUUCAAGGAAACAGCACCAGGACUACUUCAAGAUACUCAUUCCCAGCGACACCAACGAUGAGCGGAUGUCGUAUUUUCAUCGGCCGGUUGAGCCCCUCGGCCAGGGAGAAGGAUGUGGAGCGGUUCUUCAAAGGAUACGGCCGCAUCCGAGACAUCGACCUCAAGAGAGGCUUCGGGUUUGUGGAGUUUGACGACCCCAGAGAUGCCGAAGAUGCUGUUUAUGAGCUCGAUGGCAAGGAGUUGUGCAAUGAAAGGGUGACUAUUGAGCACGCCCGUGUUCGUCUGCGUGGCGGCCGUGGCAGAGGAGGCGGCGGUGCAGGAGGACGUUUCUCUGAUCGCUAUGGCCGAGGCUCUCAGAACAGUCGGAGCCGUAACCCUCCUCCGAUGCGCACUGAGAACCGCCUGAUCGUGGAGAACUUGUCCUCCCGCGUCAGCUGGCAGGACCUGAAAGAUUUCAUGAGACAAGCUGGAGAGGUGACAUUUGCAGACGCACAUCGGCCCAAGCUCAACGAAGGAGUUGUUGAGUUUGCUUCUGGCAGUGAUCUGAAAAACGCCAUGGAAAAGCUGUCAGGAAAGGAAAUCAAUGGCAGAAAAAUCAAGCUCAUUGAGGCAGCCAGGAAGAGGUCGAGAAGUCGUUCCCGGUCUGAAAGCUCCUCUCGUUCACGGUCCCGUUCUCGCGGUCGCUCUCCAUCUCGCUCCCCCAGACGCUCCCGCAGCCCCGCCCACAAGGCCCACAACCGCUCACGCUCCCACAGUGGCUCCCCCGCCGGUGGCACCUCCUCCCCAACCGCCAAAUCUAAGGAGCCCGCUAAACGAUCGUCCAAGACGAGUAAGUCUGCCACCCCUCCCUCCCCUCCACCGGCACAGAGAGCCUCUGUCUCCCGCUCACGCUCUCGUUCACGCUCCCGCUCUCGCUCUCCUUCCACUGACAGCCAGCGCUAAACGCUGCGUUUCGGUUUAACGGGAAUCAACAGGUGAGAAAAUUUGAUUCAGAAUCAGCGUGGAGGAGUUGGCACACUGGAGCUCCCUCUGAAAGAGACGAGAGAUUUUCUCGAGUAAAGUUUGUUUUUUCUGUCUGGAUUGUCAGGACGAUCAAGUUCUUCACAUUUAAAACACGGAUACAAUAUCAGACAGGAACAGUGAUAUUCAGAUAUUUUAUUGUCAUUGUUAAACUACAGAAGACACUUGUUACACACUGAUGCUGUCCGUAUCCCUCUCAUUACCCUUCAACUUAAUUCCAUUGGUUUACACCCAGUGACUCAUCCAUCGCUCUGCACCGAACAUGCUGCAGGUCCUCUACCGCCGCACCGUUUCCUCUCACAAAAUCACUCCAAUGCCCAAGUCAACCAGCAUCAAGUUACACUGUUACCGGGUAAAAUUAGUUUUUUCGACACUUUGAAAAACUUUGAAGAGGGAAUUUGUAUUUUUCAGCCGCACUAGGAUGCUUUUGAUGAGUCCUGUGACCACUUUCUUUACUUUUUUUUUGUAAUACUUUUGCUCGUUUUUGCUCGUCAGUCAGAGGAAAUUUAAGAGAUUUCCACAUUACCGUCUUUCUCGCUCAUUUUUUCCCCCAAAAUCUUCUCACAUCAUCUUUGCCCCGUAUUUUCUUACCUACUGUACCUACCACAGCUGGUGUGUGUAAAAUAUAUAUACACGAGGAUGCUUGCAUGUAUUUUUGGUUUGAUCGAAACUUAGAAUCUUUUUCAGUUGUGAAAAUAUUUUUGCUUAAAGCUCAAAAUCCACCGUUAAAACUGGCAUUGGCAGUUUUAAGAUCCCUGUACACUUACGCACAUUGUUCCAGCAGGAAAUCAGCUGUACAGUGAAUUAACUGCUAAUGUCUUGGAUCUUUUCUUGCAGUUGACCGACUUUUAUUUUGUUAGGAUAUGUAAUUCUUUGAGGAUAAGGUCAACAUUUUAAUUCAGCACCUAGAAAGAAUACGGUUAAUUUAAGCAUUGUAAUUAUUUUAUAUUUCUAUUUUUUUCGGUUGAGGGUUUUGUGUACAGCAUUGCUGAGUUCUGUUUUACACCAGUGUAUUAUGUAUUUCCAAGAAUGCUUGUUUGUACUGUGACUGAUGUUACUGUGGUUUAAAUGAACGUGUAGACGAAUUCAAAGAGGAAAAAAAAAAGCAACAUUUUUGUACGUAAGGAUUUUAUUUUCAGUGAAAAAUAUGAUGGACGUUUGUAUGGUGUAGGAAGACAGUGGACUUAAUAAAACAAUUUUAACUAAAUCAUUAA